AUGGAUGCUAACCUCGACAUGAACGAACAUUCAAUCUGUAAUUUGGCGUACGACGAUAGCUCUUUGACAUGUGCUGUCCCUGCCGGGUGGGUCAAGAAUGAAAUCCGUCAAUCCUCAUCGAGAUUGCAACACGACAUCGACGCUGUGCGCAAGAUGAAAGGACCUCGUGGUGAUCGGGGAUUGGGAUGGCUUAGCGGAGGUGGCAUGCCACUGAACUCUGUAGGGAGAAAUGGAAUACCUGGUCCAGAAGGUCCCAGAGGUGAAGUUGGACCACGUGGAGAACGUGGAUUGGUCGGUCCUGAAGGUGAGAUUGGACCUAGAGGAGAAGAUGGGCAAGACGGCCGACAAGGUGAACGUGGUGUGCAAGGUGCUCAAGGAACCACAGGUCCCGUGGGUCCCCAAGGAACCAUCGGUGCAACCGGUCCUCCAGGAAACAGAGGUCCUGUGGGCCCCCAAGGAAUCGUCGGCCCCAUAGGUCCUCCAGGAGCCAGAGGUCCCGUAGGUCCGCAAUCAAAUCAGAACCUAUCCGAUCCGUUUCAUCUACUACCUCACAUUCGUAGAAACGCCUACCUCUACAUAUACUCUCAUCCUAGCAGAUUUGAAUCCGUCACCAGGGUGAGCAGAAACAGAUACAGAGGGAUAAAUCUCGUUGACAUGAAGGACAAGAGAAUCAACGUGAACAACAUCGACAUGUUCCGAGACGAUCACUUCUACCUCAACAUUACACAACACCAGCAAGUUUCCAUUAGAGAACGAUUCGUCAAUCUGUUUCACGACAACAUGUCUUUUGCAAUGUUCCAAGUAAUUCAAGUGGACGCACCUGACCCUAGAAACAUGGGAUUGAAGGCAUUCGAUAUCGAUACUGUCGGAAAUUUCACCUUGGAUAGUUUGUACGUGUUGUUCACUGCCACCCACAUAAGAGGCAACUACUUCACGGAUUCCGGCCAUUCAUCAUUCAACCUACCCGUUUCGUAUUUAGCGAACCAAUUAUCGGCGGCUUUGGAUAAGCCUGUGUCGAGCACGACGGAUCUCUUGGGUACAAAGUGUGUCAUAAGUUACGCUCGGAAUUCAGAAGGCCUAUUCACUCUAUACGUAAACUCCUUUUUGAUACAUUCCAACUUGGACACUGACCCAUUUUCCAGAACCAAUGGAAUCGAAGAUUGCGAUUAUCGCAUUGGUGGUACUCGAUUCUUCAACGGCACUACGUCAAAGUUGUUCUGUCAUUUGCACUUUGCAGAGAGUUUAUCUUCUCACACAAUCCAGCGCAUACACACAGAACUCAUGGCACACUAUAAUAUAUGA